AUCUUGAUGCACCCGUCCAUGAACCACCACCUGCGCCAACAGAGUAUUUAAGAGGAGUCUCCUCUCUCUUCUUGGGGUGGUCAAAUCGAAGCAAGGAAGAUGGAGGAGGAAGAAAGCAAAGGCGAGAAGGGAUUGCAAGUGAAAGAUUACGUCGUUGGCUCCUUGCGUACCGUCAUCUACAUCCCCAACUUCAUUACCGAAUCCGAGCAAUCGCAGCUCCUCCGCCACAUCUACGAGGUGCCUGCAUCCAGAUGGAAAUCUUUGAAGAACAGGAGAUUGCAGAACUGGGGCGGGGUGGUGCAUGAGAAAGGUCUGCUACCGCAAGCUUUGCCAUCUUGGCUCACCAAGAUAACCCAGAGAAUAGGUCAACAGACAGGGUUGUUUCCAUCGCCCAUCAACCAUGUGCUUAUUAAUGAAUAUCUUCCAGAUCAAGGGAUCAUGCCACACCAAGAUGGUCCUGCAUACUUUCCUGUUGUUGCAAUUUUAUCUCUUGAAUCACCUAUUACAAUUGAUUUUACUCCCCACCCGAGAUCAAAAGAAUUUGAAAUGCCAGUGGAAAAUGAGGAUUCAACUCUCUAUGAAGCAGUUAGUGGUCAGAUCGAUAGUCCAUCCACUGAAUCAACAGGCAGCCCAAAAGAUGAACACCAUCAAUUUUCUGUUCUGUUGAUGCCCUGCAGUUUAUUGAUAUUCAAAGAUCAAGCCUAUACAGAUUAUCUUCACGGGAUAGAAGAUUCUGAGUCACUUAGUUUAGAUAAGGUAGUGAACAUUUCAGAAGUUAUUAAACUAAAGGAGCUAGAGUAUCCUCGCGGUUCCCUGCAUGCUGUAACUUCAGAUGUCACUCAAGACAUUGGACAAAAUAACUUCUUCCAAAGAACUUCAACCAGAGUCUCAUUAACAUGCCGCUUGGUGCUAAAAGUUCACAAAAACCUGUUCAAGUUCUAGUGAAUUCAGUUAAAAGAAAAAGUUAUCGAUCACUUUUACAUGUGUAAUUUCGAAUUAACUAUACAUGCAUGAAUCAUUAUUAUUUUUAACAUGAUAUGUGAAUCUGAAGCAAUUUUUUGUACUA